AUGUCCUCCAGCAUCUUUGAAAUGACAAUAGACCACGACGGUAUGGAUAGUACGGGGCUGAAGCUUUCACAGACAGCCUCAUCCAUAUCCAUGGGCGACGAGUUUCUUUGUUCCAGUACUACUAGUAAUUCUAUUCUGGAUUCUCCGCUUCCGAAAGUGACUUUUAACCAUAUCGAUAGCAUAACAGACAUUAACACAAACAUCAUGAACGAAAUAGUGGAGCCACAAUCCGGAGUAGAUGUUGAUGUUGCUGACAAAAACGUGCUUUACUGCAUAGAUCCGUACCCAGUGGAACCUCCGUGUUAUGAUUUUGCGAAUCCGUCUAAAGUCAUUAGGUACCCUAUAUAUGAGCAUUGUCGUCCGUGCCUCACUUCUGUGAAACCUCCCAGUUAUACACCGUCUGUAGAACACUAUACUGUGGUUUCUAUGAAGAUGGAAAAACUAUCGCCCUUUGAAAAUGCUUCUUCUCGAUUAUGGAACAACUUUAUUCUUCAAAUAAACUCUACGCAGAUAAACUUUUAUUCUAUUGACGAUUCAUUAACCAGGCAUAUUAAAAACUAUCGUGGUGGUGACAUGUUUGACCAUUCCCACCAUUCCAAAACUGCUAGCGAUCGCCAUCAUUCGGCUCGGUCGUUAUUAAAUGCGUUCACGACGAAAUCCACUUACCAAUUCGAUAAAUAUGACAAGGAAAGGAUAUGCGGGGAAAUAGCACGAGACGAGCACAAAUUUUUAUCAGAUGAGCGCCUCUUUAAGAGUUACUCCCUGCAAUGUGCCAAAGUUGGUCUGCCUAUAGAUUAUUCCUCUAGAGAUUUUGUUUUAAGAAUGCGUUGUGAGGGACAACAGUUUCUAGUGCAGUUUUCUCAUGUAGACGAAUUGAUCUAUUGGGCUAUGUAUUUGAACAUGGGUAUAUCCCUGUCCUUGGAUCUGGAAUUGAGGGAAAUGCCCACCUAUAGAAGCGUUCCCAGAAGGAGACAUCCGAGGGCAAGAAGAUUUAAGCAACACAAUAAGAACAAAAACAAAAACAAGAGCAGACAAAAUAGUGAUAGAAAUGAUUCUCGCUCCCACUCUUUACUUUUAAGAAGAUCACACACCUCUUCUGUUGUAACAAAAGUGGCCACCGGCAACGAACGUCCGACAAACAAAUCAAGAUCAAGAAGUUUAAGCUUGCUACCUCCCUCUGUAUCCGAUGCGAGUCAUGACUCCAAUGGGCCCAAUGACUCUGGUUCAUUGGCAGGGGAGAGUUCUCAAACUGAUUUUUGUGGCUUAUUUACAUCAAAACUAAGAAAUUUCUUUAAAACAGAUUCCAGUUCGAGAAAAAACUCUAAUAUGGACAUUGGACAAAAAAUGAGAUCGAAGGAACUGAAUAGUGUUCAAGAAGAAAUCGAUGACAAUGGUAGUACUACUAAUACCAAUACUUCUGUUCUAUCUUCCACUUUUUCUCCCACAGCACAUUCUGUUUUAACGGCACAAACAUCCAUCCAUGAAAACUUCAGAAGUAGAUCGAAUUCCAACCCUAUAGAUCCUUUGCGCUGUGAUCGGUCAGUGUUGAAAAUUAAUAAUUUUGAACCGGUAUACGAGGGAACAGGAAGGUCAACUAUUUCGAAUUCUGCUGAGCGUACGAAUCGUGAAGAAAAGUUAAACCGUGGCAAUGAAGAUGUAAAUGGAGAUGAAGAUGAUGACGAAGACGAAGACGAUGCUAAUUACGAAGAGGAUGAUGAAGAUGGAUAUGUUGAGGAUGAUGACAUCAAUAGAUUGGUAUAUUUGGAUGAAAGAGAAUCUCGCUAUGAGAAUGCGGACGUUGAGUACGGUACAAUAUUCAGUACGAAAAGCUUUUCCGUGACUGGUUGUUUAAAUCAUGAUUUUCCAAAGAAAUUGUCACUAAAAUGUGGAAAUAAGAAUCAAUCCAGUAACGAUUCGAAGUGGGCACCGGCGACACAACUAGUUUCAAGGAAAAGAUAUAUCAAAGACUCAUUAAGAUGCAUCAAACCGUUAACGGAAGACCACCCAUGGGUAGGUAAGAUUAUUUUCAAACCGGCACUGCCACCAGCAUUCGAAACGAAUAAUCCACCUAUAAGAGUUUAUAGUGGUGAAGAUAGUACGGACUUGAUGCACGUGAAAAACCAUUAUUUAAAGCCAUACAUAGUGGGAUCCUGCGGGUUUUUGAAAACUGGCUCAAAACUUUUUCACUUUUACGAUAGAACUAACGACCUUACGAAUUUAUGA